AUUUUAAACAUUGUAAGAAACGCAAGUGGUAUUAGUAGCUGGUUUAAUUUCUAUCAGUUGCUGUUCACAAUUUCUGAAGGUAUUUGGAUGGAGACUCCUCUUGUUUCUCAAGUUCAACUGGCCCAAAGCCUCUCCAAUGCUCAAAUCCUCACCUAUUCGGUUCCACAAAUCGCGUACGCAAUCAGAACUUUAAAUAGUUCUAGUGCAUUGAGUAACAUUAUGAAGAACAAUUAUCAGCAAUAUCUUUCACUCUUGUUGCAAACGUAUGGCUUUUCAAAAUCCGGUCUCGCCUCCUUAACAGGACAAACUGAAGCUCAAAUCGACGAUUUAACGAUACAAGAGGCUCACAGUCUCGUAUUUGAAGCGUUAUAUCUGCGAUACAAUAUUGUUGAAUUUUUAAGCAAGUUUAAUCCAGCAGGCGUGGACAAAUAUGUUGCAAUUAAUCUUCCCUCAUUUGAAUGGUACCGACUGGUAAAAGCAGCUAUUGAGAAAUCGUUUGAUCAACUAUCGAUAGCUUUUUCAACAAAUCUUACAGUAGGAACAGGUGGUAUUUCAGUUGUGACACUUACAGAUGGAACAUCUUCAAUUCAAGUUCAAACUUGUAGCGCACCAAGUUCCUUCGUAACCACAGUGACUUGUUUGGCGUCAUGCUUGGGUACCACAGUAUCAGAAAUAUACCAAAGAACCAUGUCUGGGUAUCAAACACUGUAUCAAACGUCAGCCGUACCUCUGAUGAAUAACAAGAUCGUUUUGGAAACGGAAAAGUUUGAAGAUUUGUUAGCGAGACUUGGAACAACACUUGGAAGUAUUGACAGUGAAACUGUUGGUGAAACAAUCCAGAAUCGCGUUGGACUGACCGCAGAACAGUUGCGUUGCAUGUAUGGAUGGUCAUCUGAAUUCACAUCUUUCCUGUUUGGAAUAAGCUGGAGAAAUGUUAGCUCGUUCCGCCUUUGUGGCAAUUUCGUGUCUUGGCCUCUUCAUAGGAUUGCUUUGGCACUAAAAUAUUCCACGCCAUCUAUUUGUGAUGUGAAUGAGUGUGUGAUUCACAAGGAUGACUGUCAUUCCAAUGCAGACUGUCGCAAUACUAUAGGUUCGUUUGAGUGUACUUGCCAGGCAGGUUACACUGGAAACGGGAAACACUGUGAAGAUAUUAUUGAUUGUGUUUUGCCACCACGACAAUAUCCCUGCGAUGUAAGAGCAAUCUGUCGUGAUUUUCCUGGAUCUUUCAUUUGUGUUUGUCCACCGGGAUUAACUCUCAAUGCUGAUCAAAGAACCUGUGAUGGCUCAUCCAAUCCAACUUUAUCAUCAAAGAUUAACACGGGAGUUAUUAUUGGAGUUGUUGCAGCAGCGGUUGUUGUCUUGAUAAUAGUAAUCGUGAUUGUUGCUUGCUUUCUCUAUCGAAAAAUGAUGCAAUUGCGGGACAAGGAGCAAAACAGUGGUGACGUUCCAAAUCUUGCACAUGAAGCUGAAAAUCAAGCAACAAGAACGCUGCCACCGGUACCGUAUUCUGGAAGUGCUUACGAGGAGCCAGCCGAAUACGCACAACUCGAAGACUUCGGAAGAGUUUCGAAUGAUGAAAAUUAUCAAGGUUUAAGACGUGGAAGCGAACAAGGCGGCUCUAGGAAUUCUAGAGAGGAUGUUGGUCUUGGAAUAGAAAAUGAAGUAGACUAUUCUGAGAGUGGUGGUGAAGAACUAGCAGAAUACACACAACUCAACAGCUCUAAAAGAGUUCCCAUUGAUUCAAAUUAUCAAGGUUUAAAUAUGCAUGGCGAGUUUGGUGUUUUGGAAAAUUCAGUUAUAGUACUGGAAAACGUUAUGGACCAACGAAAUACCUACGGAAAACAAUCCUGCAAUACUACUACUCUUACUAUAUAGCCCGAGAAUGUACCAUUCGAAUACUUUUCCAAUUCGAAUUGCAAUAUGGAUACAAUCGUUGUAUGGAAAAUGUCACCUUUCCUUCUGUCCCGGCCCGGUAUGCUGGUAAAAGGCGAGAGGGGCCGUAUGCACCAUAUAGCACUCUGAAUAACACACGAAAAACUGAAUUUAUUUUCAACCAUUGUUGCUUCUGCACUGAUAUACUACAUCAAAUUGAGAGUACAUUGAAUUAGAAAUGCUACAGCAAUUGGUCUUAAUAAAGGUCCAGCUAUAUCUUUAAAGGACUUGUGUGAUUUGAUCCAAAAUAGCCAAUUCCAUUUUUAUGACCUGUAAUACAACUCCAUAAUAAUGAGUAUUCCUAAAAAAUAUACCGAAAAAAAUUGAGAAAUACGGGCAAAAUACAAGCAGUUGUUGCUAAG